GGACCGUUAACUGUCAGUGUUCCAGCUGAGAGAGAGAGAGAGAACAGAAGCCGGACCGAACCGAGUUCGGCUUUAUUUGAGACUUUUACCGGUGUCAGACUUGUUUAAACAACUUCUUGUCAGUUCUGUGGUGUGGAGAAUAAAGAUUAAGAGUUGAAGGGCGGCUAACUUUCUGUGUGUAUGCGUCCAGAACCGGAUCCGAAGUCGAAACAGUGACUAGUGGUUUAAAGUCUAUCAUUUCUGGAUGGUUUGCCGACAGUAAACACGGUUCAGGGUUGUCAUGGGGAACCAGGGCAUGCAGGAGCUCAUUCCUCUGGUCAACAGACUACAUGAGGCGUUCAGUGUCCUGGGGACGAGCUGCAAUCUGGAGCUUCCUCAGAUCGCCGUGGUGGGAGGACAGAGUUCGGGCAAGUCCUCCGUCCUCGAGAACUUCGUAGGCAGGGAUUUCUUACCAAGAGGUUCAGGGAUUGUCACUCGAAGACCACUUGUGCUACAGCUAAUCAGUUCCAGCUCAGCUCUCAUAGAGUAUGCUGAGUUCCUGCACUGUAAAGGGAAGAAGUUUACGAAUUUUAAUGAGGUUCAACGCGAGAUUGAAGCAGAGACAGACAGAGUUACAGGAGCCAAUAAGGGCAUUUCCUCCAUUCCCAUUUACCUACGUGUUUACUCACCAAAUGUGCUCAACUUGACUCUCAUUGACUUGCCGGGCAUCACUAAGGUUCCAGUAGGGGAUCAGCCUCCAGACAUCGAAUACCAGAUCAGAGAUAUGAUCAUGCAGUACAUUUGCCGGGAAAACUGCCUCAUCCUGGCCGUCACACCUGCAAACAUGGACCUGGCAAACUCGGAUGCCCUUAAACUGGCCAAAGAUGUUGACCCACAGGGUCAGAGGACCAUUGGCGUCAUCACCAAACUAGAUUUGAUGGACGAGGGGACGGAUGCGAGAGACGUGCUGGAGAACAGGGUGCUACCUUUACGCAGAGGCUACAUUGGAGUGGUGAACCGCAGUCAGAAGGACAUUGACGGGAAGAAAGACAUAAGUGUGGCGAUCGCUGCAGAGAGGAUGUUUUUCCUGUCUCAUCCGGCUUACAAACACAUGGCCGACCAUAUGGGCACACCUUACCUGCAGAGGGUCCUCAACCAACAACUGACCAUUCACAUCCGGGACACCCUUCCAGCGUUCCGUAACCAACUGGAGUCUCAGCUGUUCUCUCUGGAUAAAGAGGCAGAGGAAUACAGACACAUGGGCCCUAAUGACCAGUCACGAAAGACCAAAGCACUGAUGCAGCUAAUCCAUCACUUUGGGCUGGACUUUGAGAAGCUGAUCGAAGGCUCUGGUGACCAAGUGGACACUGUUCAGCUUUCAGGGGGAGCCAAAAUCAAUCGCAUCUUUCAUGAGCGCUUUCCCUUCGAGCUCAGCAAGAUGGAGAUUAAUGAGAAAGAGUUGCGACGAGAGAUAGGCUAUGCCAUCAAGAAUAUUCAUGGGAUCAGGACAGGCUUGUUCACUCCCGAUCUGGCCUUUGAGGCCAUUGUGAAGAAGGAGAUAGUAAAGCUCAUAGACCCGUGUAUUAAAUGUGUCGAUAUGGUCAUUGAUGAGCUUAUAGUCACAGUGAGGCAAUGCAUCAUCAAGUUAGGGAUCUUUCCAAAGCUACAGGACGAAACAGAGAGAAUAGUGACCACACACAUUCGGGAACAAGAGAGACAAACCAAAGACCAUAUUUUCCUUUUAAACAAGAUUCAGCUUGCUUACAUCAACACCAAUCAUGAAGACUUUAUCGGAUUCGCCAAUGCACAACAGAGAAAUAAUCAGCUUCCUCGAAAGCCUUCCACAUGGAACCAGGGUGCUGCACCUCCACGUCCCAGUCAAAUUGUGAUCCAAAAAGGCUGGCUGACCAUCAACAACAUUAGUCUGAUGAAGGGAGGAGCCAGAGAGUACUGGUUCCUGCUGACUGCAGAAAGCCUCUCCUGGUUUAAAGAUGAGGAGGAGAAGGAGAAGAAAUACAUGCUGCCUCUGGACAACCUGAGAGUGCGCACUGUGGAGAAGACCUUCAUGUCCAGCAAACAUGCCUUUUCCAUCUUUAACACAGAGCAUAGGAACGUAUAUAAGGACUACAGGCAUCUGGAGCUGGCCUGUGACUUGCAGGAGGAGGCAGAAAGCUGGAAAGCCUCACUGCUGCGUGCUGGAGUCUAUCCUGAGAAAAAAGCAUCUGAUGGUGACAUCUCAGAACUUGAUGAGAUCUUAUCCGUGGAUCCACAGUUUGAGAGGCAGGUGGAGACCAUCCGCAGCCUGGUGGACUCUUACAUGAGAAUCAUCUACAAGAGCAUACGGGACUUGAUUCCCAAAACCAUCAUGCACCUGAUGAUCAACAACGUGAAAGAGUUUAUCCACUCGGAGCUGCUGGCUCAGCUCUACUCUAUAGGAGACCAUUCGGCUCUGAUGGAGGAGUCUCCGGAGCAGGCUGUGCACAGAGAGCACGUGUUACGGACUCAUUCAGCCCUGAAGGAGGCGUUGUCCAUCCUCAGUGAGAUCUCCACAUCUACACUGUCCACUUUGCUUCCAGCCCCUGUAGAAGGUCCUGGUCUACUAAGCAGCAUUGUUAACCACAGAUCUCCAACUGUUCUCUGUGCUUCUAAAAAGACAUCAUCUUUUGCCGGUCCCCUGACUCGCGGUGCUGUUCCUCCUGCUCUUCCAACUACUCCUGUCCUUCUUCUCCCAUCUUGUUCUGCUCCAUCUGUCCCCAAAGUCCUGAAGAACAAAGACUCACCUCAGACACUGACACGCCCCAACCGUAUCGCUCCCAGCAUUCCCAGGAGACAGCCACCAGCAGUGCCUUCGCAAAAACAACACGAACAUAAGAGAACCCCGAAUACAAAAGGAAGAAGGACUGAGUGAGAAUUAUAGAACUUCAGCCUGGUGUUUGGUCCAGAUUCUUUUCACUGAAUCGUUAAUGAGGGUUUACAGGUGCUACACUCUGGCUGCAUCCAAACCCUCCUUUUAAAGCACUUAAUAUUCGGGUGGAACAAAAAGCAGUAGUAGAUCAUAGCUGGUUUUUACAACACUGGUUAUUUAUGAGUAUGUGUUUUCUGCUCUAGCCUGAAGUCUAUCACCUCAACUCUCACACCCUUACUCUUCAACAUGGUUCUAUACGAGAGGGGAUCAACUACAAACGGACUGUAGGAUACACCAGUGAAUCUGAUGCCUCGCUGGCAUGUUGUCACUAGUGAACAAUAUUCUGCAAUAUUUUAUUCAUUUUAUACGUUCUUUAUUCUACACUUGCAGCAAGACUCCACAAAGCCUGUGCUGUUCUGCAUAAAAUACUUAAUCUGUUUUCUUUUGCCUAUUUGUGAAAAUUCUGUCAGGCAGAGAGACCAUGUGUGUGUGUGUGUGUGUGUGCAUGUGUGCGUGUGUGCAUGUGUGUGUGUAAAGUGCUUUUGUAAAUAAUGGCAGACCUUAUUAAAAG